CGGCACGCGCCCAAGACUCCUCUAGUACGCAAUGCGUCUUUUACGAAGAAAGAAGAUUCGCGCGACAUUGUUCCGCACGGCUUGCCCUAACUAACUGAAGAACAAUUUGUCACGCCAGUCUUCAAACACACCUCAAAUUACGACAACUGCCUUUUGUCUUACGUAGUGUGAUUUUGAAUUGCAACGGUGAAACAUGAAACAUGAAAGUGGGUUUCAAUAAUAAUGUCGAAGAUUGGUGACUUGUGGUGGGUUGUGGCCGUUGUGGGACUGCUGGUUGAGGACGCUUGGGGAAUCACCGACGCGAGAUUGGUGCAGGGUACGAACGUAAACUUAGGCGAAGCAUUGCAAUUCCUGCGUGAAUACGACAGCGAGGCCUCCAGAAUAUGUCACCGCGUCAGUUCCGCCCGAUGGACGUACUCAACCAACAUGACCGACUUCAACAAACGCAAAAUGAUCGAAGAGCAAACCCUCCAAGCCAAAUUCAACAAACUCUCCUGGAAGCGCACAAUGACUUUCGACUGGACUCGCCUCCCGGACCAGAUGGUCAGGCGCCAGCUGAAAUUCCUGAUAACCAACAGCCGCGCGAGCCUAACCGACGAGAAAUACAACGAGAUUUACCACCUCAUCUCCGAAAUGAAGGACAUUUACAGCCACAUCAGGAUAUGCCCGUUCAACAGCCAGGAGAGCCUCUUCUGCGACCUGGAGCUGGAGCCGGACGUGGUCCGGAUCGUGGGCAAUUCGCGCAACCACAUGGAGCUGGCCCAUGUGUGGCGGGAGUGGCACGACAAGGUGGGCCCCCCGAUGAAGAAUAAGUUUAUGAGAUAUGUGCAAAUCGCCAACCAGGCCGCGAGGAUGAACGGGUUUCUGGACGCGGGAGAGGAGAUGAGAUAUGUGUAUGAGGAGCAGAAUUUCGAGAUUGAAAUUGCGCAGACUUGGGCGAGUCUGCAGCCGCUGUACCGGGAAUUGUUCACUUAUGUGAGGAGAAAACUUUUGCAAUUUUAUGGGCCCUUUGUGGUCCGGCCCGAGGGGCCGCUGCCUGCACAUCUUUUGGGGAAUGUUUGGGCGCAGGACUGGAGCAAGAUUGUGGACUUGGUGGCGCCGUAUCCCGAGUUUAAGACUAUUGAUGUGACUGAUGAAAUGCUGAGACAGGGAUUUACCCCACUUAGAAUGUUUCAGAUGGCCGAAGAGUUCUACACAUCUCUCGGCCUCAAGCCCAUGCCCCCUGAAUUUUGGCGUUUCUCAAUGUUCGAAAAACCAAACGACCGCAAAGUACAAUGCACGGCAAGUGCGUGGGACUUUUGUAACCAAAUUGAUUACAGAAUAAAACAAUGUACUGAAGUAAACAUGGACGAUCUAAUUUCAACACACCACGAAAUGGCCCACAUUCAGUACUACCUGCACUACAGCGAACAGCCCUAUCUGUACCGAGACGGGGCCAACCCUGGCUUCCACGAAGGAGUCUCGAACGCAAUCUCUCUAUCAGUCUUCAACCCGGUGCACUUGCACCGAGUCGGCUUAUUCAACGAAAACACCGACAGUUACGAAACCAACAUCAACUUUUUGAUGCUGAUGGCUUUGAAAAAAGUCGCGUUUGCCCCGUUUGCGUAUUUAGUGGACGCAUGGCGUUAUGAAAUUUUUCAAAACGGGGUGCAAAACAUGAACGCAGUUUGGUGGGAAUUGCGCCUGCGCUACCAGGGAUUAAUCCCCCCAAUCCCUCGCACUGAAAACCACUUCGACGCCGCUGCAAAACGCCACAUUCCCGCCGAUAUUCCGUACAUGAAAUAUUACGUCGCGCUUUUGCUCGAAUUCCAAAUUCACAGCUCGAUGUGUUUUGCUUCAGGGCAUGUGGGGCCGUUGCAUAAUUGCGAUAUUUACCGGUCGAGGGAAGCCGGACGCGUUUUAUCGGACUUGCUAAAAGUCGGGAAGGCCAGACAUUGGAAAGAAGUGAUAAAAAUGUUAACUAGAGGACAGUCGGAUCGCCUGUCUGCUGAAGCAAUGCUUCAGUACUUCCAGCCCUUGAUGUUGUGGCUCAAAGUACAAAAUCGGAAUGAAAGUGUGGUCGGAUGGAUGACAAGUUUGGAAGAGGAGGCUUUGUUCCAGCCAUUCUUGUUUGCAACAAGCAACAAAAUUGUGUUUGAUUCAAAUCUUGUUAUAUUCAUUUCUAUAACUCCGAUUCUUAUAAAUAACUACAUGUUGUAUAAAUAAAAAAUUUAAACUUAUAA